CAAGAAGAAGAGUCAGCUAACGCAGUGUGAUGUGGCUAGAUCAAUGUUAGCUAGGUAACACUAAUGGUUGUUCUAUCUCGGAUAUUUUUCCCCAUUGCUAACUCGACAUGGGCAAGAGAGACAAUCGAGUGGCUUACAUUAACCCCAUUGCUGCUGCACGAGCCCGGGGACCGGCACAGAACUCCGGUCCGACCAUACAGGAUUAUUUAAGCAGACCUCGACCAACAUGGGAAGAGUUGAAGGAGCAGCUGGAGAAGAAGAAGAAGGGCUCUCGAGCCCUGGCUGACUUUGAGGACAAAAUGAAUGAUAAAUGGAGGAAAGAACUGGCAAAGAACCGAGAGAAGUUGUUGGGUGGAAGUGACAAAGACAAAGAAAAGGACAAAAAGACAACAGACAAGGAAAAAGAGGAAAAGAAAGAGAAAAAAGAGAAAAAGAAGAAAGAGAAGAAGAAAUCCAACAGGCAUUCUUCAUCUUCCUCCUCCUCAUCGAGUUCUGAUUCCUCCAGCAGCUCCUCCUCAGAAUCUGACAACGAGGAUGAAAAGAAGAGUGUGAAGAAAAAACGGAAGAGAAAGAAGUCAUUGGCCAGGAGAGCGUCAGACAGUUCAGAGGAAGAAUCUGAUGCUGAAAGCAAGAAGAAAAAGAAAAGAAUCAAGGAAGAAUGGGACAAAGAUAAGGAUGACAAGAGCCGUAAAAGAAAGAGGAAGGCCGAGCGAACGUAUAAAGACUCAUCUUCAGAGUCCUCUGUGGACUCUGAGGGAGAGGAGGUAGCCGAAGCCAAGAAGAAAAAGAGAAGCAGCGAGGAAAAGGAGAAAAUCACAGACAAAUCCAAGAAAAAGAGGAAAAAGAAGCACAAGAAACACGGCAGGAAAAAGAAAAAGAAGGCAGCGUCUCAGUCAGACUCAGAGCUUGAUUAAGAACCGUAGCUUUACGGUUCUCUUGUCCUCCCGACAGUUCACUAGUAGUGUUAUUUUUGCCUUUGACUUCCAAAACCUUCUCCUGUCCUGCUCCAGUCAUCAUGCUUCAGCACGAGACCGACGGACUUGUAAUGCUGGGGUUCUUUGAGUGAAAUUGAGGGAGAUAGCCAUCCCUCUCAGUGGCAACUACUGGUACAUAUCCUCCGUUGAUUCGUAUCACCAUGCUUUUUGUAGAUAUGUGUUUUUUUUUUUUUUAUUUACCCUCAACAGGACUGAAGUGAAUUCCACAUAUUUCCCCCUCCCCUCAUCUUGGAGAUUGUCGUUUGACCAGCACAGACAGUGGCAUGCAAACGUUUAAGCAUCUGUCAGUCCCAGUUUGUCACUGUGAAUAGCUAAGGAAGUAAAAAGAUGAACUCAUUUCCAAAAGGCAUAAAGUUAUGCCACAUUUCUUUAAUCUUUUAAGCAAGAUUAUUUAUUUCUUUUCAGUCUAACAAAAAAGCAGAACGGCCCGAAGCACGAGUUUGGGCACCCUGCAUGGUCAGUACUUCGUAACUCCACAGCUAAGACUCUUUCAGUUUUGUUUGGGUGGGUCUUCUCCAGUUCUCCCUUGCAAAGGGCCUCUAGAUUCUUGAGCCUUCUUGCAUGCGCUGCUCUUCUGAGGUCUGUCGACAGAUCGGUCCACAGGACUUGUUUCCAAAAUGCACGAGGCUUGUUUACAUGUUCCAUUGCAAACGCCUGAAGCUGAAUUUUGUGGUGAGGGCGCAGGAAAGGUUUGCCUCUGAUGACUCCACCAUACCUGUUAACUGCCAUUUCUUAAUUACAUUACAAACUGAGAAAACGACUAACUGAAAGCACUUGCUUCUUCCAGUCUCUCCUGCUUUGUGGGCAUCAGUUAUUUUAAUUUCAGAGUGCUAGCUGAUAGUGGCUGCUGAUAGUUGGAGCAAGGUUUGAGGAGUCACAGUAUCUAUAAAGCUUUGAAGUUUGCAUCACAUGGCCUUUCCUGGUGACAACUGUGAACAAGCCAUAGCACUAUCAAGCUCAUUUAGGUGAGACUUUGGUUGUCGGUGAGCUCAAAUCUCUUGGGGUGCCCAAACUUUUGUAUGGUGCUCCUUUCCUUUUCUUCCACUCAAAUAGUAUCAAAUAAAAGUAAUGCAGAAUGUUGAAGAAGAUGUUUACUCUUUAGCCUGAUGGCUUUUAGAGAUCAGUCCAUCUUCUACUUACUCAGCUGUUGAUGGGAACAGAGCUUUUGACCAGGGGCGCCCGAACGUUUUGCCUGAGCACUGCUCCUUCACCUUCUGUGUGCUGGCCCUCUCUGAGUCACUCUCUCCACUUUAAACCUGAUGUCUCGCAUUUCUAGUUGCUCGAUGAGGCUGUUAUGCUAGUGCCUGUGUCAUGCAUGUAGACCUGAUGUCUCACCAGCCUCAUAUUGAAGUUGGAUUUACAAUAAGAAAUGUGAGCUACACAGUCAACAUUUAUACAAGGGAUAGUUGUUCUGAAUUGUUACACCACAGUGUAAUUGUAUAAACAAUGGGAAUUCAUUAAUAAAGUAUUGUUUUAGCCUUUAUUGCUGUUACUUACGACCUGUAUCGUGGGACUUCUUUGUUUUGACUUCUAUUGCCACCCACUCUUCACAUGACACUGUAAUACAUGUAGUCUGGCACUGUCCUACUUCCUUACAACUUCAGUUGAGGUCAGCGAUAGUGCAACAAACAGGACAUCAACCACAGGAUAACCAGCUUACUCGGCUG